AAACAAAUCCUCCACUGACGCGACUGUUUUGAUUGCGGAAGUUGUGAUUCUGUUGACUGCACGUAAUGAAUAUGAAUUAGUCCGCGAAUCAUUCGUUGUGACUGUCGGUUAAUUCGUGUGAAGUAAAGACGCAUUAAUCAGGUUUUUAGGUUUUUUUUUUUUGAGAGAGAGAUGUCAGACAGCAGCAGUGCAGUCCUGCUGUCAUAUGAAACACUGGUGCAUGCUGUGGCAGGUGCAAUGGGCAGUGUUACAGCAAUGACAGUGUUUUUCCCUCUGGACACAGCCAGGAUCAGACUGCAGGUGGAUGAAAACCGAAAGUCCCAGUCCACCCCCAUCAUUCUGGCUGAGAUAGCGAAGGAGGAGGGCGUAUUGUCUCUGUAUCGUGGCUGGUUUCCUGUCAUUUCUAGCCUGUGUUGCUCUAACUUUGUGUACUUCUACACAUUCAACACAUUGAAGAGAGUGAUGGUCUCGGACCGGUCCAAGCCUGCCAAAGAUUUGCUCAUGGGCUUCAUUUCAGGAGCUGUUAAUGUGCUCCUGACGACUCCCAUGUGGGUGGUGAACACACGACUGAAGCUCCAGGGCGCAAAGUUCAGGAACGAAGAGCUCCAUCAGACCCACUAUAAGGGCAUAUUUGAUGCCUUCUCCCAGAUAAUAGCCAGUGAGGGAGUGGGAACGCUGUGGAACGGGACGCUGCCGUCUCUCGUGCUGGUGUUCAACCCCGCCGUGCAGUUCAUGUUCUACGAGGCCAUGAAACGAAGAGCAGCACGUGGAGGCAGGAAGAUAUCAUCAUUUGAGAUCUUUCUCAUCGGAGCCAUUGCUAAGGCUAUUGCAACAUCUGCAACGUACCCUCUGCAGACGGUUCAGGCUAUUCUGAGGUUUGGCCAGUAUAAAUCAGACGGUAAAGGGGGUCUAGUGGGCAGCCUGGGGAAUGUGGUUUCUUUGCUGAUGGACCGGAUCAAGAGACACGGGCUGUUGGGUUUGUACAAAGGUCUAGAGGCGAAGCUGCUGCAGACCGUGCUGACGGCGGCCCUCAUGUUCGUGGUGUAUGAGAAGAUCACUGCCGCCACGUUCAAACUCAUGGGCCUCCAGAAGAAACUCAAGCACUGAGAUACGGUUGGCCCUCACCACCGAGCCACGUGCACUAAUGAGUGACUACCUCUAACCCACACCCUCAAGAGGAGCUUCACAUAUCCCAUCAGCCACUGCUCCGCUUGCAUGGGUUAAUCUGGGUACAGUUUCAGUCCUGUGUUAAACACAGUUCAGUUUAAAACAAACAAAAAAAGAAUUUAUUACCUUUAGUUUCUAACAUAUUUCUUUUAAAAACUUUACAUGGUUAAAUUUCUCAUAUCAAAAAACUUCUUAAAGCCAUAAGUCAAAAUCUGUGCUACAUAAAGUAACAUUUUAACCCAAAGCAAAUCAUGAGGUUGGUUAUGAGUGUUUCUGAAUUUAAAGGAGAUAGUUAAGCUCAACAGCUUCAAUCGGUAACUUAAAAUUUUAAUCUGUUCCUCACAUAAAGCUAUUCUAAGAUAUAUGGCUCACAUGUUUUAUGUACUACUUUUAUGGUAUACUUUCUUUGGAAAAUCCUUUGUGCUUCACAGAGGAAAGUCAGUCUUAUGGAUUUGCAAGUACAAGAGGGAGAGUAAAUGACAGAAGUUUCAUUUUUGAGUGAAAUGUGACAUACAUAAUAGAUUUGGCACAAAUGGUGUUGUGCUUUGAUCAGUUCAGUAGAGCCUUAUGUGCUGCUAUGUCACGUGACAAACCAGGCAAACAAAUUUGUUUAAACAUCAGUAUUAUAAAAGGAGAAAAUCUGGAGCAGAUCAGCGCUUUUGCAUGCCAUCUCUGAUCCUCCACAUCACUGUUACUGAAAUAGAACUGAAAGCCUGUUUUUGUUUACUUUUGUACAAUGAACAAUUUUGGCACCACUUGAUGUCCGAUGUAAAAUCUGAGCCCUGGAGGAAACCCGCUUGAGAACCACCAGUGUAAAUGAUGUUUUUCCUUUAUGCUUGCGCUUUAACAUCUCUCCCAGUUUCAAACAGUUUAGUUGAGCAUGAGUUUCGUUCAGUCACUUGAAACGUAUUUCUCGCAUUUUAGCAUUCAUGAAAGGAAUUAAAAAUGCACAGCUCCACAUAAACAUGAGCUUGAGGUCAAAGUGGAUAUAUUCACACCACACUUGCCUUAAAUCAUGCCUUUCUGGAGCGAAGCUGAAGUCUUACCUGCUGUGUGUCAAUGAAACGGGUUUGUCUUGUGGAGCAUAUGCAGUAAGAUAUUAAAAACUAAAUCAGUUUACAUCAUGAAAUUGCAGCUAAGACUUUGUACUUGUGUUUCUUUAUUUCACAAUUUAUAGCACAUAUUUUGUACUUUCACUUGUAUAGCCUCUGUUAUAUAACUGUACUCUACUUUAUGGCAUGUCUAAAUGAAUUUUAAUAAAAGCUAUGAAAGAAA